UUCCCAGCGAGAUUUUAGCAGGGCCAAAACAGACAGCCACGCAACGCCAAACCACGAUAAUUCAACCCUUUCGAAUAUAGUAUCCACGACUGGGUGGCUUAGCAACGUAGACGUUAGAAAGCGAUCAGGAGGCGCCUACGAUGUCCAAGGACCAAAGCGCAGCGCAUCAGAGCGAAACUCUGCAAGACGAUGACGAACCGGAUGAGUGGGACAAGAGGAUCUUCAGCACAGGAUGCGCAGAUGAAAAUGCGAAACUGACCGACUGCUACUAUGAGAAGAAGGACUGGCGAGUGUGCAAGAAGGAGAUGGAGAUCUUCAGGGCGUGCUGGAAGAAGCAUCAUAACAACGAACGGACGAUGACCAAAGACGCAUAGCUUGGCCCGAAGUUGAGUUGUGACAUCGGGUACGCGACGAUGGCAGAGGCGGGGAGGGGGACGACGGA